GUCCAAGAACUGUAUUGGGCACUUAUUCGCACUACCAAUAAAGUUGUUUAAAUUCUUCUUCUUUACCUUUUAACCCAAAGCGCCACAUCUUUUUGUCGGGAGCCAAAUUAUGUUUGUUUCAUUGUAUCUACAAAGUUAAGAUCGAAACUCUUUCAGAAAUCAUGAUGAAUAAUGGCAUCAUCCAUCUUCUUCUUCUCCUGCUUCUUUGGCUUCAUCUUUCAUCUCUCUGCUUGUUCAGUAAUCUUCUUCUUUUGCUUCCCAUUUUGCCAAUUUUGAGGCGCACCCUUUUAAAGAUUCAUCCCAAAACAAGAAGGAAAAAUGACCACUCCGCUCGCGUUAUUGCUUGUGUUGACUCUGUCUUUCACGAUUUGGAGUUGCAGCUGAAUGAUCUGUUGCCUCAAUUUGAUUUGCAGCUUUUCCACUUUGAUUUGGCGAGACAUAAGUUAGAGAAGAUCAAAGCGUUCGUUGUUGUUUCUGGCACACAAUUGGAUCACAUGGAUGUUGCAAAACUGGCAUCUUUCUGGCUAAGGAUUGAAACCACGGUUUCCAAAUAUGGCAAUCAAAUCCGCCCUCUUCUCCGUUAUUCUUAUUUCAAUCGCAAUCUUCCUGAUUCUCAUAAGAACAUCAUUUUUGAAUUCCUAGCUGAAAUCUCUUCCUUGGAGGGCGAAACAGCUGAGUGGUACGUCACCAUGGCGGAUUCCUUGUAUUUGCGACAACAAUCAGUAGUAAUUAGUUGUAGCUCUCUUGUUACCACAGAUGAAGUCUUGACCAUCAUGAGUUUCAGUUUUGAGAUUCUAGAUUCGCUUCGCCAAAGUGAAUUAACUGUACAAGGGGAAGCCUUAGUUGAGCAGAUGACAUUCUUACAAAGUCUCAUCCGCUUUGUUGGUGAUGACACUCAAGAUUUGUUGAUUCAAGAAUUUCUGGUUCAUGUUAAAGUACUUGCUGUCCAAAUCCAUGUCCUGUUUAUGUGCCCUGAAGCACUUGAUGGUGAGCUUGAGGAGGAGAGUCUCAGUGAUGAUGAUGAUGAUGAUGAUGAAAGACCUAAUGACAUAGUUUUAACCUUGUUGCAAAAGAUCAAACCAACUGACAACUUUGUAUAUCAGGCUUACACUCAAGCCUUAAUUAGCUCAAAGUUAUCAAGACAAUCACUUGCUCCCAAUGAUCUAGACAUGGACCCUGACGCUUUCAAAGCAACCAAGAACUUCCUUGAUUCUAUCAUAUCUUAUCUCUGGGAGAUAUUAUUAGGCAAUUGUGUUCAUCCCUUUUCUAUAAAAGAUCAACUGCAAGAGCUCUAUGGAGGAUUGAAGACCUUGAGAACCACUAUAAAGCAACAGCAGCUUCCAAACAAGCUUGCGAAUAACAUUGGAAUCGUGUUAUGCGAUGCUGGAGCCUUGGUUUUCUCUUUGUACCAGAGACAUAGAGGACCUGAUCUUGGACUGCUUCAGGAACUCUUAAAGACAAUUAAGGCUACUCUGGUACAACUUGGAGUGAAAGAUCCACAAUCACCGGUUUUCUACUUUCAGAAGACUAAUCAGUUGGAUUUUGUUGAUUCUGUUCUGGAACAACUAACAGAAUUAACAGGACGGGGAGAUAAACAACCUAGAAAUAGGAGUCAUUGUCUUCUGGUUCUUAACGACAAACUUGUCUCCUUCAGAUCUUUCUUGGGGGACAUUGUGGAGUUGCGCCACCAGUAUGUGGAAUUUCAAACUCUCUGGGAUCGUGUUUUAGAGGUCGCGUACAGAGUGGAGGGUCUCGUUGGCCAACUAUUGGUUGAUGACCAUCAAGAUUCAUUUUCAUCCUCACUUGUUUCCACAAUGAAGGACAUCCAGGGAAUCCAGGCUGAAAUCGAAGUCAAGAGAUCAGAAAUCAAGGUCAAGAGACAAGAACUAACAGAGGUCACCGAGACUUGCAAUCUGCUACCAUCAUCACAAAAACCUCUCUUACCAACAACAAAUGAGUUUGUCGGAUUUAUGGAUGAUGCGAGAUCAGUGCUGGAUCGACUCACAAGAGGAUCGGCACAUUUGCAAAUCAUUGCCAUUGUCGGUAUGCCAGGGAUGGGUAAGACCACAUUAGCUACCAAGAUUUACAAUGACUAUUAUGUUUCGUGCUUUUUUUCUGUUCGUGCAUGGAGUCAAAUCUCGCAAACAGUGGACAGAAAGAAAAUUUUAGGCAACCUUAUAAAUCAGGUUGAUCCUAACAAUAAAUAUCCUGAGCUUGGUGAACAGGAUUUAGUGCAAAUACUCUGGCGCAAGUUGAAAGGAAAAAGAUAUCUCAUCCUUUUGGAUGAUAUAUGGGACAAUGAAGCGUGGAAGAUCUUGGCAGCUUCAUUUCCUGAUGACAAUGCUAAAAGUAGAAUUCUUCUCACCAGUCGUCAUAGUGAUGUCGCUCCUCGUGAGAUGAUGGUCGACCAAAAACCUUACGCUCUUCGGCCACUCAAUGAAGAAGAGAGUAUAGAGUUACUGCAGAAGAAGUUAUUCAAGGAAAAUGUUGGCUGGCAUCCUACAUUUCGUGCUUUUGGAUCAAAAAUUGCUGAACGUUGUCGGGGAGUACCUUUAAUGAUCAUCAUUGUAGCUGGAAUACUAGAAAAUACAGCUCCAGAAGGUUGGAAAGGAGUUCUGGAUGAUUUAAACUCUGGAAAUUUAUCCAUUACAGAUCACUGCAGGAGAACGUUGGAUCUGAGCUAUGAAUGUUUACCAGAUGAUUUAAGGCAAUGUUUUCUCUAUUUUCGAGCAUUUCCAGAAGAUGAAGAGAUUCCAGCCAAAAGGUUAUUUUAUUUAUGGACAGCAGAAGGCUUUUUCCGGAGAGAUAAGGAUGAGCGCAUGGAAGAUAUUGCUGAAGAGUACUUAAAUAGUUUGAUCGGUAGAAAUUUGAUUGUGGUUGCCAAACGAAGAUGGGAUGGUGGAGUCAAAGCAUGCCGCAUUCAUGACUUGCUUCGUGAAUUUUGUUUACAUAAAGCCAGUGAGGAACAUUUUCUUCAUGUUCUCAAAGGAUAUGAUGAUCUUUUGGCAUUUAAUGAGCCAUACGGACUUCAGAGGUUAAGCAUUCACUCAGAGGUACACCAUUUGAAGGAGUCGAAAUUAUUUUGUCCUCGUGUACGUUCUUUGCUUUUCCACUCCUCUGAAAAGAAAAGGCGAGAAAUCUCAUUGAGGAUUCACAGCUUUAAACAUCUGAGAGUGCUGGAUUUGGAGCAAUGCCCUCUUAAAGUUUCGUUCUCACGAGAAUUAGAACUUCUUGUUCAGCUCACUUUCCUUGCAAUUCACUGUGAGUUUGGCAACCGCAGCGUAUCAUCCAUAUAAUAUGUCAGCCAUUGGUGAAUUGCCCAACCUUCAAGUACUCAAAUUAUCGAGGAUAUCCUUUGAUGGGAACACAUGGGAAAUGAGAGAAGGGGAAUUCUGCAAACUUAGAAUCUUGAAAUUGUGUUACCUUGAGAGCCUUGUCAUCUGGAGAGCUUGUGAUGAUCAAAUGGUCUGUCUUCAGGAGUUGAUGUUAGAUCGAUGUAAAAAGUUGGAAGAGAUGCCUUGUUUUCUAGAGUCCAUUGCAACGCUUGAAACGAUUAGUGUCUUUUAUUCUUCGGAUGCUUCAAUAAAGUUUGUGAGGAAGAUUGAGCAAGAACAGGAGCAGUGGGGAAACCAACUCAAGGUCAUAAUAAGGAAUUGAUUUUUCUCCGCCUCUUCAGGUAGCCACCCUCAUGGCCUCAUAUAUUUAUUUAAAUAUUGAGUUCAUGAUUUGCAUUCUAUUAUGUUAUUUGAGUCGAUAUUGACGAGCGUUUCCAUUUGAAUAUAUGGUCCCAAUUAUCUAUUUCUUUUCAACAUUGCCUUUUGAUAAUAUGUGCUACCCAUUCAAUCAUGACUUGAACUGUUACACCCUUCGUUUCUAAUGAAAAACUGCAGACUCUUACUUAUCUAAUUUGGUUCACCAUUUAGUCUCAUAUGUGCUGGUUGUGUAAGGAGUGGCAAAUCUGUAUGCAUUUGUGUUUUUGUGACUGCUACAAAUGGUGCAGCUGAGAAUGCAUGAAAUGUGCAGCAUACAAAUAUAAAAUAGAUGCAGCAGUUAUGCCCCCGUGGUUUUAUACAGUGACAGUUAAUAAUUUUCAGAUAACAAAAAAAAUUGAACAUUGAGCUCUUUUGUGCAUACUACUCGGCCUGUUGAAGUCAUCAUACUAGAAAGCUGAGGCGUAUUUGUUGUCUAGAAAAUACCCUAAAACUCUCAUUUCCCAAUGGUUCUUUCAGUCUUAGGUAUUUUGGAGUAAAAAUAUCACUACUGAUCCAAUGUGACAGUCUCUGAUGAAGUAAUAAGGAAAGACAAUGUUGUCGUCUGUUUAUUGUUGCUGAAAUCAGUUCAAUACUUCAAAGACAUCUGUUUUUAAUCCUUUUCUUUUCCCUGAAUGCUUGCGAUAUAUUGUGAAGUAAGAUUCAUUGAUCUAUUAUUGAUCUUGCAGCUUGAGGAAGUUGUUUCAUAAUGACCCGACUGAGAUAUGCUUUUCCUCCCUUGUCUCGUCUUUUCAGACUUGUCUUUUACUUUGCUGCUUUCUCCUUAGUCCUUGGCUCCUUUCUACUUGAACCAAGGUUUAGAAAGUUGGGCUCUAGUAAUGCAGAAACACGGCAGAGUUAUUUCACUCAUCAUUCAACUGCUUCGCUUCGCUCCUUGUAGUUGUAUAACCAAUGUUCUGGACUGCAACAAAAUUCUUGUUUGCUUCGAGGGAAUUAGUCUUUUGGGAUUUUGUUUUUCCCGUUAAUACCGGAGGUAGCUUGAAUCACUGUUGAAGUUCCUACGAAUGUGCUGCAUAUUUAGUGUGUGUUUCACGGAUUAAGAAAGUUGACUUAAUUGAUUUCAUGAUUCUGAAAAUGUAUUUAGAAGUACUCGGUUGCUCCCAGCUUUGCCCAUUGCUUUUUUUUUUUUUGUGUGUGUGUGUGUGUGUAGGAUGUACAGAAUAACAGAAAGAGGAUAGCCAUUAGUUUGCUAGAGGGAACAUCGCUAUCUGCUGCAUUCUAUCAAGUGAACGGGUCAUCUCCUCAAUGAUAAUAGCACUUUGGUAAUGUUCUUGGAAGUUGUUGUAAGAAAUUGAUGAGUGAAAUUUAACCUUCCAUGGAAAGAGUACAUUUAAGUUUUAACCCAUUCUUACAAAUACAAUUCUAAACUAGCACAGAAAAAGUAAGAAGAAACUUUCUAAUUAAAACAAAAAGCUUACAGUCCACUAAUCCAAGGAUACGAAUACAUUUUGUUGGCUGUAACAUUUCUAGCAUCUUACGAUGAAAGGGAUACGAACUUUGUGUUUGUCAUUGCUCCAUAUGAUUGAACCAUGGGGAUCACAAGCUUUGAAUGGAGGAGCAUCUGUGAAAGUCACUGUAUAACUUAGCUUCUUUUGGUGUUUGGUGAAUAUCAGCUCAGUAGGACUCACUAUGAUUUCCAAUUUCUCGGACGCUUCAAAACUUACUCGAUACACUGAUUCUUCGUCGCCAACAUUUGUGACGGUCCUUGUAACUGUCCGAUUCUGCCUGAACGAUGGAAAGACAGAUAUUGAGGGGUAAUUCAUGUUUGACAUCGAUUCUUCCUUGGGAUCACUUGGGCAAGAAAAGUUGGUUGGAAACUUUGAUGAAAUGAGUUUGAGCCUUGAUGCAUUGUAGCCCUGGUUGCAGAGGAACAGUAGAUAAUCGGCUAUUUCGGUCUCAUAAACUAACCCUGGCUGUAAUGGACCAAAUAUUGUUACUUCACC